CCAAAGAGACUCUGAAAUUACAUUCUUUCAAGAAAACCAUCUUCUAAAUCUCGUUCUUAGAUCAUAGAUUCAUAGUUCGUACUUGUUAGUUUGUUACAAGACAGAGAGAGAGGACAGAGAAGAUGUAUAGAGUAGCUGGGGCAUCAGAGUACUUGGCCAUUACAGGCUUCGGCAUCAGUGACGUGAAGAUUGCCAAGAAGGCAUGGGUUUUACCGGGACAGUCCUGCAUGAGAUUCGACAUCUCCCCGGUGAACUACACCUUCGAAGUCCAGGCGAUGAGCGCCGAGAAGCUCCCAUUCAUCCUCCCUGCCGUCUUCACGAUCGGCCCUCGGAUAGACGACCCUGAGAGCCUCCACAAGUACACGAAGCUCAUCGCCCCCCACGACAAGCACUCCAACCAUGUCAACGAGCUCGUCCAGGGCAUCAUCGAGGGCGAGACCCGCGUGCUUGCCGCCUCCAUGACCAUGGAACAGAUCUUCAAGGGCACCAAGGAGUUCAAGAAGGAGGUUUUCGAAAAGGUCCAGCUCGAGCUCGACCAGUUUGGGCUCCUCAUUUACAAUGCUAAUUUUGGGCUCCUCAUUUACAACGCUAAUGUCAAGCAGCUGGUCGAUGUCCCCGGCCACGAGUACUUCUCUUACUUGGGCCAGAAGACCCAGAUGGAAGCCGCCAACCAAGCCAAGAUUGAUGUGGCCGAGGCCAAGAUGAAGGGAGAGAUCGGAUCCAAGGAGAGGGUGGGGGAGACCCUUCAGAAUGCAGCCAAGAUUGACGCCCAGACAAAGAUCAUAUCCACUCAGAGGGAAGGGGAAGGCAAGAAGGCCGAGGUGCGCGUGGAGACCGACGUCAAGGUGUACGAGAAUGAGCUGGAGGCGGAGGUUGCCCAGGCGAACUCUGAACUGGCCAAGAAGAAAGCCGCGUGGGCGCAGGCGGCUAAGCUUGCAGAGGUGGAGGCAAGCAAAGCUGUGGCUAUGAGAGAGGCUGAACUGCAGAAGGAGGUGGAGAAGAUGAAUGCUCUGGGCAGAACAGAGAAGCUCAAGGCUGAAUUCUUGAGCAAAGCCAGCGUUGAGUAUGAAACCAAGGUGCAAGAGGCAAACUGGGAGCUGUACAAGAACCAGAAAGAGGCAGAGGCAAAACUCUUCCAGAAAGAAAAGGAGGCAGCGGCGCAGAGGGCUAUAGCGGAGGCAGAGCUUUAUGCUCGCCAGCAAAGAGCAGACGGAGAAUUGUACAGCAAGCAGAGGGAGGCAGAGGGGAUGGUGACGCUCGCUCAGGCUCAGGGGGCAUACUUGCGCACGCUGAUGGAUGCAUUGGGAGGAAACUAUGCUGCGUUGAGGGACUACUUGAUGAUCAACGGCGGAAUGUUUCAAGAGAUCGCGAAGAUCAAUGGCGAGGCCAUCAGAGGACUUGCGCCUAAGAUUAGCAUUUGGAACAAUGGUGGUGAAGCCGGAGAUGCAAGCAGCGGCAAUGGGGCCAUGAAGGAAGUUGCUGGUGUCUACAAGAUGUUGCCGCCUUUGUUCAAGACUGUUCAUGAGCAAACUGGAAUGCUGCCACCUGCUUGGAUGGGUACUUUGGCUGACUCGGAGGCAUAGAAUUUCUUUCUCUAGUUAUAUUUCACUAGUUAUGUUUUCCCUGCAAUUGCUACUGGUAGGAUAUUUGAACUGCUUUUUCUGAUUGCUUUUCUCGGUUAUUGGAUAUGGUUGGCAAAUUCUUAAGAAUCUUAGUUUAAUAUUAUUGUUAUAUCAGUAUAUUACCAAGCAUAUGGGCUUAAAUAGGAACAUAUGAACAUCUAGGACUCGAAUAGUUAAGUAUACCCUUGAGCCUUAACACGUGGUUUUUGGUCGUGUGUUUGUGUGCUUUGGCCUUUGGGUCGGUAUGUGCGCUCACUGUUCAUGCUAAUACAUUUACUUUGUCUGU